AUGACUAAAAAAGCAAAAAGGAAUAUUGUCCAUAAACGGUUUGAUUCAAUCGUGAAGGGAUCACAAGACACCAAAAAGUAUCGUGGUCUCGAACUAACCAAUGGUCUGCGGGUUCUUUUGGUGUCCGAUUCAAAAACUCGCGUUUCUGCAGUUGCGUUGGAUGUAAAAGUUGGGCAUCUUAUGGAUCCUUGGGAGCUUCCAGGACUUGCACACUUCUGCGAGCAUAUGCUCUUCUUAGGAACUGCCAAAUAUCCGUCAGAGAGGGAAUACUUCAAAUAUCUCGCCGCGAAUAAUGGGGACUCAAAUGCUUAUACAGACACGGAUCAUACAAAUUAUAGUUUUGAAGUUCGAUCAGAGAAACUUUACGGAGCACUUGAUCGCUUUGCUCAAUUCUUCUUGGAUCCCCAGUUUACUGAAUCUGCCACCGAGAGAGAAGUCUGCGCCGUGAAUUGUGAAUACUUGGAUAAAGUGAAUGAAGACUUUUGGAGGUGUCUCCAAGUAGAACGUUCGCUCUCCAAACCUGGCCAUGAUUAUAGUAAAUUCGCAAUUGGAAAUAAGAAAACCUUAUUAGAAGAUCCUCGAACAAAAGGAAUUGAACCUCGUGAUGUCCUUCUCGACUUUUACAAGAAUUGGUACAGCUCCGACAUAAUGACAUGCUGUAUUGUUGGUAAAGAAUCACUCGAUGUGCUUGAAUCAUACUUAGGAUCAUUUAAGUUUGAUGCCAUCAAGAAUACAAGAAAAGAGCGUAAAAUUUGGAAAGAUUCUCCAUUCGGACCUGAUCAACUUGCCAAAAGAAUCGAAAUAGUUCCUAUUCAGAACACGGGACAGGUUUCAAUUAAGUUCCCAUUCCCAGACCUCAACGGAGAAUUCCUCUCUCAACCGGGAGAUUACAUUGCUCAUCUAAUCGGCCACGAAGGACCCGGAUCUUUGCUCUCCGAGCUCAAACGACUCGGAUGGGUGAUCUCGUUAGAGGCUGACAACCACACAAUUGCUUCCGGUUUUGGUGUUUUUAGUGUUACCAUGGAUUUGAGUACAGAAGGACUGGAACAUGUGGAUGAUGUUAUUCAAUUGGUGUUCAACUUUAUCGGAUUUUUAAAAUCGUCUGGUCCUCAGAAGUGGAUUCAUGAUGAAUUAGCAGAACUCAACGCUGUUGAUUUCCGUUUCGAUGAUGUGAAACAUACAAUGGAAAAGGCAAGCAUUUUGGCGGAAUGUCUACAGUAUAUUCCAUUUGAGCACGUUUUGUCAUCAAGCUAUCUGCUCACCAACUUCAAGAACGAAUAAAUGAACUUCUGAAUUUGCUCACGCCUUCCAAUAUGCAAAUACAUGUUAUUUCCUAAAAGUUCAAAGGACAGGAAGGAAAUACCGAUGAGCCAAUUUUUGGAACUGAAAUAAAUGUUACCGAUGUCAGCCCGAAAAUCCGGAAAAAUUUUGAGACAGCUCUGAAAACCAGCCAUCAUGCAUUUAACCUGCCUGAAAAGAAUGAAUAUAUCCCAUCAAAGUUUGACCAGAAACCACGUGAACCUGUGAAAAGUGGAUAUCCAAGACUGAUUAGUGAGGACGAAUGGAUACAAGUAUGGUUCAAACAAGACAACGAGUACAAUUCUCCAAAACAGGGAAUAAUGUUUGCUCUGACUACACCACUUGUUGCUAAAAAAUCCAAGAAUGUCGUUGCUUUUAAGUCUUUGGAUACUAUUAUCGAGGAAACAUACAAUGCUCGCUUGGCUGGCUUAGAGUGUCAAUUUGAGUCUAGUUCAUCUGGUGUACAAAUUCGGGUAUUUGGAUACGACGAGAAGCAAUCACUAUUCGCUAAACAUUUGGUUAAUCGAAUGGCUAAUUUCCAAGUCAAUCGUCUUUGCUUUGAUAUUUCGUUCGAAUCCCUAAAGAGAACUCUGACCAAUCACGCCUUUUCGCAACCUCAUGAUCUUUCUGCACACUUUAUCGAUCUUCUCGUAGUCGAUAAUAUUUGGAGCAAAGAACAACUGCUUGCGGUUUGUGACAGUGUCACUUUAGAGGAUGUUCACGGAUUUGCGAUCAAAAUGCUUCAAGCAUUCCAUAUGGAACUUUUUGUUCACGGAAACUCCACUGAAAAGGAUACGCUUCAAUUGUCAAAGGAAUUGUCUGAUAUUCUUAAAUCAGUUGCACCAAAUUCACGUCCAUUGAAGCGUGAUGAGCACAAUCCCCAUCGGGAGUUGCAGUUGAUUAAUGGUCAUGAACAUGUCUACAGACACUUCCAGAAGACUCAUGAUGUUGGAUGCGUGGAAGUCGCUUUUCAAAUUGGAGUUCAGAGCACCUACAACAAUUCCGUUAAUAAAUUGCUCAAUGAACUAAUAAAAAAUCCAGCGUACACCAUUCUCAGGACUAAUGAAGCUCUUGGUUAUAAUGUAUCCACUGAAUCACGUCUAAACGAUGGAAAUGUUUACCUCCACGUUAUUGUCCAAGGGCCGGAGAGUGCGGACCACGUUCUCGAGAGAAUUGAGGUAUUCUUGGAGUCUGCUCGAGAAGAAAUUGUCGCAAUGCCACAAGAAGAUUUCGAUUAUCAAGUUUGGGCGAUGUUUAAAGAAAAUCCGCCGACUUUGAGCCAAUGCUUUAGCAUGUUCUGGAGUGAGAUUCAUUCUAGACAGUACAAUUUCGGACGCAAUAAAGAAGUGCGUGGCAUUUCAAAAAGAAUCACGAAAGAGGAAGUCAUCAAUUUUUUUGACAGAAAGAUAAGGAAAGGUGGAGCGGAACGACGUAAGCUUGCUCUUGGUCUAUGGAAAAAAUGA